GAACAAGCUUAAUCAACUCGACAUAUGAGCGGCCAUGAUCCACAGAUGUAAAGAUGAGGACAGACUGCUUUUUGCGAAUACUCAGGCCUGUCUAUUCAGACCACGACUGAAUCCACCAUGGGCAAAUUCGAAAUGUCAACGAAGCGGCGGAUGGUAGCACCAUUCCAGUCAAAGGAAGCUUUUGUCGACUUUCUCAGGGCUCCUCGUGUCAACGACGGUCAUAUUCCCAUCGGAGAUGAGAAAUGGUCGAAUAAAGAUCUCGAGCCAACGCCAGUCGAACAGAGGACUUGGACUUGGUACAGUCUGCCUCUGUACUGGUUUUCCAACAAAUUCUCCCUUGUCGGUUGGAAUACUGGCUCUUCACUCGUGGCCGUUGGUCUGACAUGGCAAACAUCCUUCGCGUCAGCAUGUGUUGGCUCUCUACUCGCGGCCAUAGUCGUCGUUUUGAUGGCUCGUCCGGGUGCUAAAUACCAUAUCGGAUUUCCCGUCCUUGCACGUUCCGUCAUGGGCAUGUAUGGUUCCUACUUCUUCAUCUUCAUCCGAGCCAUUGUCUGCAUCAUCUGGUAUGGCAUCCAGACCUUUUACGCCGGUAACCUCUUAUCCGUGAUGCUACGCUGCAUCUUUGGCAGUUCCUGGGAAAACCUGCCGAACACGCUUUCGCCAGGUGCCGCCGUGACAUCGAAGCAGCUGUUGACCUUCUUCAUGGCUUGGCUUAUGGAAUUCCCUUUCAUGUGGGUUCAUCCGACCAGCAUCCACUACGUUUUCACCGUUAAGGGAAUCAUCAUGCCUAUUGCAGCUUUUGCGGUUUUCGGCUGGUGCAUGGCAAACGGCGGCGGACUUAACUCCAUGGAUCUUGCUCACAAGACGAGUAAAGCUUCCUCGUCUAUUCCUAUGGGUUGGAGUGUCAUGGCUGGUAUCAACACCAUCUUCGGUGCAUUGUCGCCCAUGCUGGUAAACCAGCCCGAUCUUGCCCGCUACUGCAAGAAGCCUCGCGAUGCAGGUUAUCUCCAGGGCGUCAGUGUGUUCGUCUCUGCCAUCAUCGUCUUUUUCCUCGGUAUGGCUUCAACGACAUCAAUGCAAUCAGCGUACGGCGUAGCGUACUGGAAUAUUUGGGAUCUCUUCGACGCUAUACUCGACCAUCACUUUGGCGCUGGCGCACGCGCAGCAAUCUUCUUCGCCUCAUUGGCAUUCUACUUCGGAGUUUUUGCGACAAACUUUGGGGCAAAUUCUAUUCCGUUUGGCUCAGAUAUGACUGGUCUAUUCCCCAAAUGGCUCACUAUCCGCAGAGGACAGAUACUAUGUGCUCUACUUGGAGUCGUUGUGCAGCCAUGGCAGCUCAUGGCUAAUGCGUCUGCUUUCCUCAGCUUUCUUGGAUCUUACAACAUCUUCAUGGCUCCUCUCUGCGCCGUCUUGAUUGUCGAUUACUUCGUCGUGCGCAAGGGUAACAUCCACGUUCCCUCGUGCUAUGACGGCAGAAAAACAGGCCUAUAUUGGUUUUGGUCUGGAAUUAACUGGUGUGGAGUGGUCGUCUGGAUACUAGGGACAACCAUGGGUAUCCCAGGUCUCAUCGGCCAAUACCAGCCGCAGAUCAUUUCCAUGGCCGCACAGAAUAUGUACCGUAUGGGAUGGAUCUUGACCUUUACCGUUGCAGCCACAGUUUAUUACGUCACAUUUCUCUUCAUCAAGCCGCGCGUAUUUCCUGUUGGACGCGAGAGCACGCCGUAUGAGUGGGAGUGGUUGGGUAACGACGGCCGUGAGGGAUUUUUCGAGGGAGAGGGAGAUCGUGGAGAGAUUUACGUUGCUACUACACCGCCCAUGACAGACGCAGGGGAUGAUAUUGAGGUUGGAGGCAAAUCGCCGAAGGUGAAUUAUUGAGCUGUAGGGAGGAACUUCGUUAUCAAUGCUGUACGUAGUUAUGUUGUGUG